CUGUCAUUCAGCUUUUUCUGAGCUUUUUGAAGAGCCUUGAGGUAUCCCUCCUGCUGCUGACUCUAGAACUCAUCUCUCUCCUGUCAUUCAGUGACAGUCAUUAGCUUGUUCUUCUCCUCAUUGUCAGCCAAUCACCACCUCAGCAAAGAUGGCAUCAGUCGUUCCGUUUGCUUUGUUGCUCUGUUUGUCCAGCAGUCUGUUGACUGCAUAUGGUGCACCUUGCUGUCCUCCUGACUGGACACAGUUUGGCUCUCGCUGUUUUGCUUUCUACAGCGAGCCAAAGACCUGGAUCGAUGGAGAGAACUUCUGCAUCUCCGCUGGUGGGAAUCUGGCUUCCCUCCACUCAGAUGCGGAACAUAAAUUUGUCAAAGACAUCAUUUUCAAAGUGACUAAUACACAAAAAACUUGCUGGAUCGGAGGCUUUGACGCAGUGAAGGAGGGUACGUGGAUGUGGACUGAUGGAUCCAAAUUCGACUACAAAAUCUGGAAUGCGGGGGAGCCUAACAACUACGGGGGAGCAGAGAACUGUCUUACGAUGAACUGGGAUGGAGCAAACUGGAACGACUUGGCUUGUACCAACCAGAAUUCUUUUGUGUGCUCCAAGAACCUGUGUGUGUAACUCUACCACACCAUCAUGAUGCCAAUCCAGCUCAUCUAUAAUCUCUAUCAUUGAUUGCCUUUCAGAUUGUUCAGCAGACAGAAACAGCUCUCUGCUGACAGAUGACUCCCUUUCACGUUUAUUAUCUGAAGAGUUAGGGAACAGUUCACAUUUGGGUUUAAAAUUAGACAGAAACUGGCUCACUGAGCUGGACAAAACUUUACUUUUAUUUAGUUUACUCAAUAUUGUCUGUUAUAAACGGCACCCACUCAUCUGAUAAAAUAUUAACACACUAAUUAGAUUUCUCUCUGAUAAUUAUUGUUCAGCUCAAUACAACUCUCAUGUGUGUACGCAAAAUAAUUAUAUGAUAGAAAAUAAAAAUAAACAUUUUGUUGGACCUUUCUGUGAUACAAGAGGAGAAUGCAACUGUAAUAACACUUCAUAAUAACCAUUAAUAAUUCAUAUAGUCCACUGGUUUAAUGAACUGGUUACUUUUUAUUCUUAAAACUGAUCUGUUGUGUUCUUUUAUUCAUCUGAUUUCCUUUACUAUAUAAUC